UGAAGACCAAUACUGUUUUAGCCCGGUGUUCAUCAAAAUAACAAAAUGUACUAAAAAUGCCCAAUCUUCAGAUAAAAAGCCAAAAAUCAAGAUGGGCGAUGAGGUUGGAGACGCAGGCCGGAAGCCCCGUAUCCUGGAGUGGGAGGGUUCCACACCUCUCCCACCUAUACCUGACACUAAUUACGCUGCUCACGUUUUGAAGAUAAUUGCAAAAUACGGCGAUGCUGUAGGAAUGGUAAACGCAGAGACUCAAGAACAGCGGACGUUCUCUGAAUUGUGUGAUCUUGUGCCACGGGUGUCUGCAGGUCUCAACGCCGCUGGGGCCACACUGCGUCAUGCCGUCCUCUACCUGGCCCCCAACCAUGUAGACUUCCCACUGGUGGUGCUAUCCGUCCUGUACCGCGGCGCUGUCUUCGUUCCUGCCAGCCCUUCCCUCAGUACAGACGAGUUGGUCUGUGUGAUGAAAGUGAGUGGUGUUCGCUGGGCUGUGGUUGACAUCACUGUGGUGGCCAAGCUGGAGGCUGCCAUCUCCCACCUGCCUUCCGGCACCAUUAGGAAGAUGUGGGUCUUGGGAGACGUACCUGGAAGAUCCAACCUUUAUGAUCUGGUGCAUUUUCACCCAUUACCGCCAAUCACUAAGGCUGAGGGUCUGGAGCCUAGCAGAGCUGUGGCUAUUAUGAUCAUGACUUCUGGCACUACAGGGCUGCCUAAGGCUGUCAUGCUCACUCAUCGUAACCUUCUCGUUUACCUGACAAGAGACAGAUGCGCCUUGACUUUCAAUGACACAGACAACCUCAGAACAUGUUUAGGACAACGUUGCUGACAGUGCCGUUAUAUCAUAUAUAUGGUUAUAAUUUUAUGAUGAUUCCCCUGUCGCAAGGAAGCACGGUUGUCAUUUUAAGCAAGUUUUCUCCCAAGAUGUUUUUGGAGUCUAUCCAAAAAUUUAAGGUACUGUCCCUGCCUGUCGUACCCUACUUGAUCCAGUUUUUAGACGAGACACCUCUCCUUCGCCAAUAUGACCUGACAUCUUUGAGGGUGAUGUUCACUGCUGGAUCCAGGCUGCUUCCCACUCGCGUAACAUCUCUCAAACAAAAG